AUGAAGCAAGACAGCUGUGACGCAAUCACCUUGCCUAAUCAACGCCCUAUGACACUCGCUAGUGCUCAUUCUGAAAUUGUCCACAAUCAUAGCUAUGUCACAAAUACCCCCAGAAAGUUCGCCAAUCCCGGCCCCCUUGGCCUUUCAAGUUUUGCGGCAACCACCUUUCUGCUGUCAUUAUUUAACCUCCAGACCAGGGGGAUCAAGACUGAAAGUUUGAUCGUUUCUAUGGCAUUCGGUUAUGGCGGUAUAAUUCAGGUGCUCGCAGGGAUGUGGGAAUUUGCUUGUGGGAACACGUUUGGGGCAACUGCCUUCUCGUCUUACGGUGGCUUCUGGAUCAGCUUUGGCCUCAUUCUAUCUCCCAAUUCUGGUAUCUUGGCCGCUUACGCCACUAAGAAAGAUGAACUGGAAAGCGCCCUCGGACUAUACCUGUUGGCAUGGUUUAUUUUUACAUCGGUGAUGCUUCUUGGCUCCUUGAGGACAUCGGUCGCACUUAUUGCCUUAUUUUUCUUCCUCGACGUGACAUUUUUGCUGCUAGCGAUUGGUAAGCUUUGUACCGAAGGCCACGCACUUGCCAAAGCUGGUGGAGUCUUUGGUCUUAUCACUGCAUUUAUCGCGUGGUAUGUCGCGGCUGCGGGCCUUUUGGAGGCAGAAAAAAGUUUCAUCAGACUACCAACUAUUCCUCUUGGAGAGUCAAGCGACCGCAAAGACGAUUGA